CUAGGCUUACGUUUUUGUCAGGAAUAUAUCAGAACUAUAGCAGAACGACGACCGAAUCUGCUUCGAUCCCGGAACACAGACUGCAAACACUAUUCGGACUGCAAACGUAUUCGCAGAAGAGUGAUAGCUCAGCAUGAUCCUAGGCCGCUGCCCUUUGGUGUUGCUUAUGUACGGAUUGUUUAUGAGGGCUAUGACUUCAUUGAAGACGAACUCGCAGCAAGCUAUCAUCCUCAGAAUAUCUUUUGCUAUUCUGUCGACGCUAAAGCCUUAGAUUCUUUCAAUAGUCGCAUUGAAAGUUCUUGCGAACUGCUUCCCAAAUAUUCUGGUCACACAAGG